AUGGUUUGUUCAUAUAAAAGAAAAACAACACCAACUUACGAUCUUGAAACAUUAAGGAAAGCAGUAGAUGAAGUCAAAGCUGGCAAAAUAAAUUCGUACCAAGCUGCAAAAAAGUAUAACAUUCUUCGUAUGACUAUAUGUGAUAGAGUGAAUAACAAAAAUGGUAUCGUAAAGGAGAGCCGAGGUCCACCUACAGUGAUUGACAGAGAAAAUGAGCUCAAACUUGCAAAUGGUUUACGGGUUAUGGAAAAAUAUGGGUUCAGACUCACUUCCAAAGAAACGCUAGAUUUAGUUGCCGUACACAAAGCUAAGAAACAAAAGAAGUGUUUUGAUUAUGACAAAGAAUCUGAAAGUGAAUUAGAUAUUAGUUUUGCUGAAGAUUCCAGUUUUGCUGAACUUUCUGAUGAAGAUUUUGAUACCUAUCGUGAAAACUUUAUAGCGGAAAUAAAAAGUGAUGAUAACUUUCUCGAAGAUUUGUUGCAAGCCACAACAGGAGAAAAAGAAAAUGACAAAUCUUACGUAAAAAAUGAUGUAGACACUACAAAUAUUGAACAAUUUGAACCGAAUUUAAACAAAAAGAACCUAGAAGUUAGUGAUUGGAUACUAGUAAGAUUCACAACAAAAAAGUCUGUGAAGUAUUUUGUGGGGACCAUCAUUUCUAUUAAUGACAAUAACAUUCCUAACGUCAAAUUUUUAAGAAAAAUAAAAAAUAGUAAAUUUGUUUCCUUUCAUUAUCCAGACGUGGAGGAUAUAUCAGAAGUAAAGAAUGAUGAUGAUAUCAUAAUGUUCCUUGAAAAGCCUGAUAUAUCUCGAAGAGGGCAUAUUACUUUCAAAGAAAAUUUUAAAAUGUAUAACAUACAUUGA